AGAAGAAGAAAAGAAACACAAAGGAAAAAGGGAAGACAAAAGGAAUAGAAAAAUAGAAAAGUCGGCGCCUCUUCCCUUCGCCGACCAAUUAUUACGUCCCUCUCUCUCUCUUUCUUUCUCUCUCAUCACCCACCACCUUCCUCCUUUUUCUCUCUCUACUGUUAUACAUACACAUAGAUACAUCUAUCCAUCAUCUAUAUUUCUCUACAACAUCUACGUACUCAUACCUUACCCUUCUCCUUUGUUUCCUUAACCUCUUUUCAUUUCUCUUUUCUCUUUUUCUCGGGUUCUUCCGUGAAUUUUUUUGUCUGAAACGGAAGAUCCCUCGUCGCGCUUUCCUUUUCUGCGAUUUGAUCUAACUUUUUAUAUUGUUUUAUUUGAAAUUAUGGGGGUUUUAAUUGUUGAAUCAAGCAGGGGUUCUACUCAUACUGAAGAGAUUUUUGUUGAGAAUGAUUUUAAAGAUAAUAAGAAAAAGAAGCGUCGCUCGAGAAAAUCCAAACAAACUUCCUCAGCUUGUAGUUCUCUGAGUGAAGUGUGUAUGGAUGCAUCAAGUUUGCUCGGAGGUAACACCUCAUCGCAUCAUGUGGUGCCAAAUGGACACGAUCAAUCGCCGAAAGUGUACAACACCUUGUCACGUCAUGUGACGUCAAAUGGGCAUCAUCAACUGCCAAAAGAGUACGAUGCAGGUUUGAUUUCUAUACCCUCGAUGCAUGCAAAAGAGCAAACUGCAGAUGGAAAUAUGCAGAAUCAGCAUUCUGUUCCCCAUGAGAUUAAGGAAGUGAUAUUGUCCAAGUCAGUUCCUGAAUCAGCUGUCAGCGAAGAGCCUGUUGGACCUGUGUUGAUUGCCAGGCCUGUUGAUUGUUAUCCUCGGCGAAAAUGUUAUCCUCCUCACUGGUCUGCAGAAGCUGUUAGUAAAGCAUUAGAGAAAGGUGAGUUAUUGAGAGCAUUAUUUCAUGUCAAUGCUCAUAACAGACUUGAGGCUUACUGCAAAAUCGACGGAGUCCAAACUGAUGUUCUAAUUAGCGGAUUGGUAGCGCAAAAUAGAGCUAUUGAAGGAGACACAGUUGCCAUUGUCAUUGAUUCUCCGUCGCUGUGGCCGAGAAUGAAAGGGUCAAACGAAACUGUGAGUAAUUCUGAAUCCCGCAGUAAUCCUCAUGAAGGUCCCACACAUGUCCAAGAUUGUUCCAGGGGAAAAAGCAAAUUAGACCUGGACUGUGAAUAUGUCUUUUCCAGUGAUAACAUGGUUUUUCCCGAGAAUGGGGCUCAUAACAAUGAUGAGUCAUCUUGUGGAGCAAUGUCAGAUAAUAGUUGUGCGAACGGAGUGUUGGAUAAUGGUUGUCAACCAUCUAUAUCUGAUUAUGCAAGUCCAUUUUCUGGGGACGCCUAUGACUCAAUGAGUUCAUUGGAAAAGUUAUGCACCUUAAUAAGUUUAUAUCCGUCAAAACGACCAACUGGUAGAGUUGUGGCUGUUGUUGGAAGAUCGCCUCGGCGGGAUAAUGUUGUUGGUUUUCUGAGUGUGAAGCAGUGGAUCAACAGUAGAGAGAGCAGGAAAAAGAACUCCAGGAAGAACAAACAUCAGUCUGAUCAUGGAUAUAUUUUAUUAACACCAACUGAUCCCAAGUUUACCAAAAUGAUGGUUCCCGUGAGAAAAUUGCCGGCAAGCAUCAAGAAACGUUUGGAAGCUGGUGAUUCAACAAUUGAGUCUGAUCUAGUUGCUGCCAGAAUAAUUGAUUGGGCUGAAGAAUGUUAUAUUCCUGAUGCUUGUGUUAUUCAAAUUUUUGGAAGAGGCAGUGAUGUUGAAGCACAGCUUGCUGCAAUUUUAUUUGAAAAUGCAAUUGAUGCUUCUGAAUUUUCUCCGGAAGUGCUUUCUUGCCUUCCGCCCAUCCCUUGGGAAAUACCCCAAGAAGAAUUACAAAGUAGAAGGGAUUUAAGAAACUUGUGUAUUUUCACCAUAGACCCAGCCAAUGCUAGUGAUCUUGAUGAUGCAUUGUCAGUAGAAAGGUUGUCAGAUGGUGUUUUUAGGGUGGGGGUACACAUAGCUGAUGUCUCGUUCUUUGUUCUUCCUGAUACAGCUCUUGACAUUGAUGCCCAAAUUCGUUCAACCAGUGUUUACCUAUCGCGGUGUAAAUUGCCAAUGCUGCCCUCAUUGCUUUCGGAUAAUUUAGCAUCACUUAAUCCUGGAGAUGAUAGGCUUGCCUUUUCUAUAUUUUGGGACAUCAAUUCAGGCGGUGAAGUUCUAGACCGUUGGAUUGGGCGUACUAUCAUACGGUCAUGUAGCAAGCUCUCUUACGAGCAUGCUCAGGAGAUUAUUGAUGAAGCAUUUGAUCUUCAGGAUUCUAGUCAAAGCAUCGAGCAUUGGCCUAAAUUAUAUGGCCACUCUGAAUGGUGUGAUGUAGUUAAAUCUGUGAAAUUCCUUAAUGAAAUCUCAAAAAAAUUGCGGGAAAAUAGGUUUAAGGGCGGCGCUCUGUCACUUGAAAGCCCAAAAGUAGUUUUCUUAUUCGAUGAAGAAGGCAUGCCAUAUGAUAGUGUACUCUCUGGACGGAGGGAUUCAAAUUUCCUUGUUGAGGAGUUCAUGCUGUUGGCCAAUCGGACAGCUGCAGAAGUGAUAACUAGAGCUUAUCCAUCCUGUGCACUACUGAGAAGGCACCCUGAACCUAAUGUGUGUAAACUUAGAGACUUUGAAACUUUUUGUAACAAACAUGGUCUAAAGAUGGACAUCUCUUCUUCUGCCCACCUCCAUCAUUCAUUGGAGCAUGUCAGGGGUGAGCUUAAGAAUGACUCUGUCUUGUUUAAUAUCCUGAUGUCUUAUGCUGCAAGGCCAAUGCAGCUGGCGUCAUACUUUUGCAGUGGAGAUAUGAAGGACAUCAGUGAUUGCAGCCACUAUGCACUGGCUGUUCCUCUCUACACACACUUCACUUCUCCUCUACGCCGAUAUCCUGAUAUUGUUGUACAUCGCACAUUGGCUGCUGCUAUAGAAGCUGAAAAUAUUUACUUGAAGGGUAAAAGAAAGCAAGGAAAGAUAACAGAAAAGGAAACAUCAAACAGAUGCUUUACUGGCACGUGUUUUGACAAAGUUGAAGUAGAAUCAAUUGAAGCUCAAGAAGCUUUAUCCACUGCUGCAUCAAAGCAUAGGGUUCCGGGUGCUGAAAUUCUUGCUGAUGUGGCUGCUCAUUGUAAUGAGAAGAAGCUGGCCACCAGACAUGUGAAGGAUGCAACUGAUAAGCUCUAUAUGUGGGUCCUACUCAAAAAGAAAGAGAUACUAUAUUCGGAGGCCAGAGUUUUGGGUCUUGGACCAAAGUUUAUGUCUAUAUACAUUCCCAAAUUGGCUAUUGAGCGGCGUGUAUACUAUGAUGAAGUGGAAGGCCUAACAGUGGAGUGGCUUGACACAACGUCAACGCUGGUGCUCAGUCAGUCUACCCAUAAACAGUCAAGCAGGAGAAGUAGCCCAGGCAAGUGCAGGACACUUGAAGAAGUUGCUUUGAUCGUUAAUCCAGCUGAUCUGGAGCUAGAAAUGAACUUCUCCGAACAUAUUGGGGGAGAGAAUGGUGAGUCCCAAAGAUGUCUGGGUAUAUCAGAAAUAAUGAACAAUGAACCUGCUUUUUUUCCACUCACUGUGAACCUCCUAUCAACGAUUCCGGUUGCUCUGCAUGCUGUCGGCGGAGAUGAUGGACCUCUUGAUAUCGUGGCCAGGCUGUAUGUUGGUUCAUAUUUGCAGUAAUCGCAGGGUGGAUUUAUCUGCAUGGGGCAGUAACAAAUGGUCUUACCGCAAGCAUGGGUCAGCUGUAGAUAAUAGUAGUAAUUUGUAGAUUAAGUAGAGGCUUUGAGAACUGUGGGAUAGUUAUAUCAUGGUUUAUAAGGUUUAUGUUGUUGGGUGGAAAAUUAUCUGAUAUAAGGUGUAUAUAGGGGUUUUUGCACCUAAUCUGAUGUGGAGUGGCUGUUUUUAGUUAUAAGCUGCUUAUGGGAGGUAAGGGGCUGUUUUUGUUGGCCACUUCAUCCCGCUUAACUUGUUGAUUCUGCUAUCAAUGCUGAUAACUGAUCCCGGAAGCCAUAGUUCAUGUUCUUAGACUUCCAACUUUCUGUUUAACUGUAGCCCACAAUUUUUGUCUUUGGAUGUUUAGAGAGUCAUCUAUUGUCUUAUGGCAAUAGGUUUCCGCCAAAUCCUGGUGGCAGUGUAAUUUGCUGAUUUAGGACGAAAAGACAUGUUUACUUGGACUUUGCAUUCUGUUCA